AUGACAGGUUUGUUGUUCUCCCGAUCUUUCACUGUUGUGGCCGCUCUCUUAUUUCGCCCUGAUGUGUCUCUGGUGCUCGUGCGUACACGCAUAGAGGGAGGAAGGGAGGGCGUCAGAGCGUCCCUGGAGGUUGGGCGCAUACGUGUGGGAAAGAUGUUGACUGCCGGCACUGCGUGUUACCGUGACGUGCUGGAUCGUCUCUCGCAGCGGCUGGCGCUGAUACUGCAGGAGGCGGAGGCGUACAAUCAACAGCACCAUCGCCACGGUGACAGUGAAAAGGAGGAGGUGUUACAUGUGGCGGGGGAGGAUGUGCUGGCCUCCUUGCAACCCAACCCUCUUCUCUCGUGGCCGCCGCUGCGGAUGCAGCACCGUGUCGAUGCCCUGCGUGCGCAGCUGAGUGAGCGGAAGGAGUUGCAAGAAAUGGUGCGCAACGUGGAUACUUCCAUGCGGGAGCUGCGGCAGGAAUUCUUCAUCGAUGUGGAGGGUGCCGCCGCGUCACACCUGCGCAGUGACGGCUGCGACGUGUACGCGAAGUUCGGUCACCGCGCAUUUACCGAUGGGCUCAAGCACGGCGGCUGCAACAGCGGUGGAGUGGCGGCGCAGGAGGCGGCGGUUCGCCGCAUCGUCUGGCUGCAUCAGCAGCUUCGUCGUCACAAGGAGGACUUCCGCGACCUGCGGAAGCGGGCCUCACAGGCAUGGUUGCGCCUGCAACCGCAGUUCGAGAACAUUGCGGACGUGUGCGGCCGCAUUUUCCACGCCACUGCGUCCAACGACGAUGGGGGAGGCGAAAACAUCCAUGAGAAUAAUGGUGACGGUAAUGGGACGACGAUGGGGACUAAGACGGAUGAUCCUGGCGAACUGCAUGCGCUUUGUAGGCGCAAUGGGGAGCGUGCGUGGCGCCUACAAUCCCGCCUGCAGCGGGUGCUGAGCCUCUACCAGCAGGUGACUGCCCGAACCAACCUUGAGCUUUGCCGCGUGGAGCUUGAGGUGCAAGCGAUGGAGCGGCAGUCACCUCAUGCAGAGGAGUUGAUGUUCCCGCACUAUGGCGGUGGGGUAGAUGAGGUGGGUGUGACAGACCAACCCCCUGCGUGCAGCAAGGCGGAUUUGGUGUGA